CUUCAGUAUUUGAAAUACAAACUAUCAGAACACAAAAGCUAAAAGUUAUAAAUCUAAACUAUCAAAAUGUCUGAAGAAGUGGAAACCUUUGCUUUCCAGGCCGAGAUUGCUCAGCUAAUGUCUCUGAUCAUCAACACUUUUUACUCCAACAAGGAAAUCUUUCUCCGAGAGUUGAUUUCAAACUCCUCCGAUGCUCUGGAUAAAAUCAGAUAUGAAUCCCUCACUGAUGCCAGCAAGCUUGACGGACAGAAAGAACUCUUUAUCAAGAUCAUCCCUGAUACUGAUGCUAAGACCCUCACCAUCAUUGAUACCGGAAUUGGAAUGACCAAGGCUGACAUGAUUAACAACCUGGGAACUAUUGCUAAGUCUGGAACUAAAGCUUUUAUGGAAGCUCUGCAGGCUGGGGCAGAUAUCAGUAUGAUUGGACAGUUUGGAGUUGGUUUCUAUUCCGCCUACUUGGUUGCUGACAAGGUAGUUGUCACCUCAAAGCAUAACGACGACGAGCAGUACAUCUGGGAGUCCAGCGCUGGAGGAUCUUUCACCAUCAAGACCGACAACGGUGAGCCCCUGGGCCGUGGAACCAAGAUCGUUCUCCACAUGAAGGAAGAUCAGUGCGAGUAUAUUGAGGAGAAGAAGAUCAAGGAGAUUGUCAAGAAGCACUCUCAAUUUAUUGGAUAUCCUAUCAAGCUCUUGGUCCAGAAGGAGCGUGAGAAGGAGGUUUCCGACGAUGAGGCCGAGGUUGAGGAACCCAAGGAGGGAGAGGAGCCUAAGAUUGAGGAUGUUGGAGAGGAUGCUGAUGCUGAGAAGAGCACAGAAAAGAAGACUAAGAAGAUCAAGGAGAAGUAUACUGAGGAUGAGGAACUGAACAAAACCAAACCUAUCUGGACUAGAUCUCCUGAUGAUAUCUCUAAUGAGGAGUAUGGAGAGUUCUACAAGUCUCUGACCAACGACUGGGAGGAUCACCUUGCUGUCAAACAUUUCUCUGUUGAGGGUCAACUUGAGUUCAGAGCUCUUCUUUUCAUACCCAAGCGCGCCCCUUUUGAUCUCUUUGAGAACAAAAAGUCCAAGAACAACAUUAAGCUGUAUGUUCGCCGUGUAUUCAUCAUGGAUAACUGCGAGGACAUCAUUCCUGAAUAUCUCAACUUUGUUCGAGGAGUUGUCGACUCUGAAGAUCUUCCCCUCAACAUAUCUCGUGAGAUGCUUCAGCAGAACAAGAUUCUCAAGGUCAUCAGAAAGAACAUUGUCAAGAAGGUCAUGGAUCUCAUUGAAGAGAUCUCGGAGGAUAAAGACAACUACAAGAAGUUCUAUGAACAGUUUGGGAAGAAUAUCAAGCUCGGAAUCCAUGAGGAUUCUACCAAUAGGAAGAAGCUGGCUGGAUACCUCCGAUUUAUCACCUCAGCCUCUGGAGAUGAAAUGUGUUCUCUCGGAGACUAUGUCUCCAGGAUGAAGGAGAACCAGAAGGAUAUUUACUACAUCACUGGAGAAUCCAAGGACGUUGUUGCAUCCUCCUCUUUUGUUGAAAGACUAAAGAAGCGCGGCCUUGAGGUUGUUUACAUGACUGAACCUAUUGACGAGUAUGUAGUUCAGCAGCUCAAGGAGUUUGACGGGAAAAACCUCGUCUCUGUCACCAAGGAGGGUCUGGAGCUCCCUGAGGAUGAGGAGGAGAAGAAGAAGAGGGAGGAGGACGUGAAGAAGUAUGAACCCCUGUGCAAGGUGAUGAAGGAUAUCCUGGAUAAGAAGGUUGAGAAGGUUAUUGUCUCUAGCCGUCUAGUCUCAUCCCCCUGUUGUAUUGUUACAUCUCAGUAUGGCUGGACUGCCAAUAUGGAGAGGAUCAUGAAGGCCCAAGCGCUCAGAGACACCUCCACCAUGGGGUACAUGGCGGCAAAGAAGCAUCUGGAGAUCAACCCCGACCAUUCCAUCAUAGAGAACCUCAGAGUCCGUGCCGAGACUGACAAGAACGAUAAGUCUGUAAAGGACCUCGUCCAACUUCUAUUCGAGACCUCACUGCUCAGUUCCGGGUUCAGUCUCGAGGAUCCUAUGGUUCAUGCCUCCAGGAUUCAGAGGAUGAUCAAGCUUGGUCUUGGUAUUGACGAGGAGGACAAUGAGACCGAGGCUGUGGAGGAUCUUGAUAUGCCUCCUCUAGAAGGUGAUGCUGAGGAUGCGAGCAGGAUGGAGGAAGUUGAUUAAGUUGAUAAUAUUUAUAUAUUUUUAAUCAAAAAUUCACUCAGUUGUA